GAGAGAGAGGAAGGGAGGGCGGGAGGUCUGCAAGGAGGCUCCAGCAAGCUCUCUCCAGUGCUACCCUCGUCACCACACCCUAAACACACCCUGGACCUACACACACCACCAUAGCACCCUGAUGAAGUGACCAGCACCCCUCAGCACCCAUCAGCACCCAUCAGCAUCCCUCAGCACCCCUCAGCACCAAGGAACAAUGAGGGGAGGCGAGGAGACAGGUGCUGGUGUUGGCUUCAGAACCCCACACUCCUCCAGCACUGUGUAUUUAGGGUGUAUGGGUGCCCUGGUUGUGUGGUAGAGAGGUAGUGUGGUGGACAGAUCCCCACGCUACACCCUCGCUCAACCAUGUAGCCCCUAACUUCCCUGCUAUUCCAAGCAACCAAGUCUUCCAAUGGUGUGAUGUAAUUUUUAAGGACCAGCAACCAAGUCUUCCAAAUUUGGGCCUUCGUAUCUAAGUGCGUGUUUGAAGUGAGAAAAAGUGUGAAGUGUGACGUGUUUUGUGUACCCGUGCGCCAGCCAAUCCUACAGUACUGUGUGUAUGUGUGUGUGUAUGUGUGUUUGUGUAGGGAGGUGCCCCUGUGUGUACCGUGCCUCGUGCUGUUAUUGAUCCGUGGCACUGGGCAUUGAUUUGGCACUCCCUGCUACUUCUGUUGACACUGAACUGCUGGCAUUGGCACGGUAUUGGUAACUGUUAGUAUUUAUUCUCCUUGUGCACUCAUUCUGGCACUGUUGACAUUGAUUAGUGGCACUCCAAGCAUUGAUCUGACACGCCCUUGGCACUGGUCAUUGAGUGUGGCAUUGAUCCUUCUUGGCACCCUUGGCAUUGACCUGGUGGCACUAUAAGUUCAGCAUUGACCCUCGUGGCACGCUUCUUAGAGCAGUGGCAUUGAAGCGUGACACUAUAGCAUUGAUCUGUGGGCAUUGCUCGUGGCACCGGCAUUGAUUAGAGCAGCAUUGACUCGCUCCUUGGGCAUCAACUGGCACCUCUUGGCAUUGAUUGGCACUGAGGCGAGGCACUGAGUUGGCAUUGACGCCACUCAUACCCUGAAGGAGAACGUGGCACUAGCCUGAGAAGCAGUGCCCUGAGAUCUGGCACUGAGGGACGUCUUUGGCACUGCAUACUUGAGUGCCACUAACAGAAGAAGAGAGAAUCGUGGUUCUUAAACCAAAAAUAAAGGAAAUAAAGAAAUAAGACAAAGAUAUAGAAGUAAUAAAAAAAAUAAAGAAGAAAGAAAAAAAAAAAAAAUUAAGGAAUAUUUUGGCAGAAUCCAGGAAAUAAUUUCAUUAGGGUACAGUUUCCCUGACCACUGACCCCAUAGCAUUGACCUGUAUCAUUAUACCCAGUUAACACGGUACAGAGCAGCUCCCUUGUAUCCCGUGGGCGUGGAGGUGUCGCUGGCGUGUCCUCGCGUCUAUGAGCCAGCCAGCGGGACAGCCAGAGGGCGGAGGGCCGUGGGAGCAGCUAGUAGCGAGCCUGCUAGCACAACACACAGCCCUCCUUCAUAAGUUAGCAGCCGUCGCCCCUCCCUCAGCUGUCCUCCCGUGUACCCCCGCCUUGCAACACGCCCUCACGCCCUCACGCUCCCCCGCGCUCAGCCUAGGCCACCACGCACGUAGAAACUGGAGGAAUAGAAGGAACAGACAGAGAAAGAAGCUAAGACGUUUGUACCACCACGCCAAUCUCGAGGCGGGACCCUGGAGACGCCAAGACAGAUUCCACUCUGCCGCGCCCUCCACCACGCCCGCGCUUCCCACACCGCCCCUGCCGCCUACUGAUGACUCCCCUGCUUCCCCCUGCACCUCCACCACAACCACUACUACCACUACCACGCACUUCCGCCGUACCCUGCGCUCCGUUGUAAGCGUCCGGGAGACACACGCACUAGCAGAAGCCCAACAGGAGAAGAACUCACGGCUGAAGGAAGCUUUUGGCAUAUCAGAGUACUUUGUCGAAGGUUCCUCUCUUGACCCGAACCGGAAGGCGAAGGAGGAGCUAGCGAGGGCGGCGGCGGAGGGGGCAGCGGCUAAUCCUCCUGCCGGGGGAGAGAAGAAGAAGUACGGCUGGGUGAAUACUCCCUCGCCGUCACCGGAGCGCACACCGUCAGCUGCUCCUCAGGCGAAACGCGACAAGAAGGAUAAGAAGAAGAAGAAGAAGCGGUCGCGUGAUAGAUCCUCCAGUGCUGAAUCAUCCAGGAAAAAACAACAUAAAGGAAAAAAGGGAAAGCAUAGCAGGAGUGACUCGCCCAAGAGGAAGAAGAGAGACACCAAGAAGAAGAAGAAGGAGAAGGCAAAGAGGCGUCAUCGUUCCUCCUCCACCUCCUCCUCUUCCUCCUCCUCCUCUUCCUCGUCCUCUUCCAGCUCCUCCUCCUCCUCCUCCAGCUCUGAGUCGGACAGUGGAGUGAGAGCAGCGAAGGGCAGCAAGAGGCGCCGAUCAGACAGCCCCGCCACCUCAGACACCCGCAGGAAGAGAAACGACAGCCACCACCGUCACUCCCAUAAGAGGCCGCACCACCACCACCACCACCACCACCGCCGCACCACUGCAGCCCACCACCGCCACCACCAUGCUGAGAGCUCCCCAGAAGCCCCACGGCCCCGCACCAAGCGCCACACAUCCCCAAGCCCCGAGGCAGCCCUGCAGGAUAGCCCCAGACCCAAGAGAACAGGGCAGGAUGCAGAGAAGGAGGAGAAGGAUGACUGGCCGAAGGAGGAGGCGAAUGUGGAGGAAAGAGGCAGCACCGGUGACCUGAGCCCUCCCACCCCACACCUUCCCCCACAGAAAGCCCCAAAGGUCACCCCAAGCCAGCCACCUGCGGAUAAACCCAGCAAAGCCACUAUCAUCCCUUGUGGCUCCAUUCCCCUGCCUAAGCCGGCCACCAAGCCACCGCCACAGGAUAAGACAAGCCCCCAAGCCGCCCAGACCCCAGUGGCAGCCCCGCCCCGUCCCCCGGACCCGACACGCCCCUUGGAGCUCCCCCGCCCGCCUCAGAAUGGACAGCACUUAGCAAGAAAUCCUGCUGUGAAAGUUAGCAGUCCAAGAUAUCGAAGCAGGCCCCUCUCCAGCACUACCCUCUCUCCCGCCCACAGUCCAGACUCCCGCAGCUCAGGCUCUCCCAGGCGCUCCUCCCGCUCCUCCUCCUCCUCCCGCUCCUCCGCCUCCUCCCGCUCACCCUCCCGCUCAAGAUCAAGGUCACGCUCCAGAUCCCAGACCAGGUCACGCUCUCAUUCAAGGUCACUCAGAUCAGGGUCAAGGUCAGCCUCCAGGUCACCCUCAAGGUCACGCUCCAAGUCCUACUCAAGGUCACACUCCCGCAGCAGGUCAAGAGGUCGCUCCAGGUCACGCUCCAGGUCGUAUGGAGGCCGGUACAGUAGGUCAGCCUCUAGGUCAAGGUCGCGGACGAGGUCAAGAUCGCUGUCCAUACCCAGGAGGAGGGGGUCACCUUCUUUCCUGGACAAGAGGAGGAUAACAAGCAUCAGACACCUUGUAAAGAAGAGAUGAACCUCCUCCUCCUCCUCCUCCUCCUCCUCCUCCUCCUCCUCCUCCUCCUCCUCUUCCUCCUCCUCCUCCUCCUCCUCCUCCUCCUCCUGUAUUCUUUUUUAGCAUGUAUGUACGUAUAUGUGCGUGUACAUGACUCAGAAACGCACAUGGUGAGUCUGCUAUUGUUGUUGUUGUUGUUGUUGUUGUGCACAGUAGUAAUGAAUGCAUAGUGCUUGUGUUGUUGUUGUUGUUGUUUGUUGUUUUAUUGUCAUUGUUGUGUUCUUCAGAUCAAUAUUAAGUGAUUUAAUGGUAUAAUUUGUUCAGUCAUUAUUAUUAUUAUUAUUA